AUGAGUGUUUGCAUCUACUUGGAGAGGGAAUCAUCAUGGAGGAUGUAUCACAGUACCGGCUGCGUUCUCCAAGUCUGGAUGCUGGUAACACUUAUUCUGACCCAUUGAAUGAAAAGCGUUUGCGUAUAUGGGUUGGAAAUAUUCCAUCAACAAUUAAUACAAAGUUGUUUCUUUCAACAUUGCGGGAGUUUAACGUACCACCGGUAAAGGAGGUGGUUUUAAAGCGUUAUCCCGUCCGUAGCUGGUCAUUUCUUACGUUCCAUACUAAGGAGGAGGCUAUGGAAGGCAUCAGCAUUCUACAUGGUAGACGUAUUUUUGGAGAUGAUGAACUCCCUUUGGAAGCUCGUUUGGCAAAUCCACAUGACUCCAAGGAUCCAUCGGAGUCACCUACAAUUGAUUCAGCACCAUCUGAUUUGGCUUUGGGUGGAUCUGAUGGCAUAUUGCACCCUGCAUAUCGUAACAGUUUUCUCAGCACGCUUGCUGAUGAUUACGACUUUCUACAGGAGGCUGACGAGUCUACAUUAUGGCAUGUUUACAAGGAUGAAAACGGCAUUCCUUAUUACUACAAUGACAUAACUGGAACUACUCAGUGGGAGCGUCCAAUCCCACCCAUGCUUGCAGUAGAGAACGCAAUUAAUGAACGUACACGUUCAGGUUCUCCUACAGGCACUAAUUUAUUUAUAUUCCACAUUCCAGGAUGCUGGACUGACACAGAUCUUGCAAUGCACUUCACACCAUUUGGUAACCUUGUUUCUGCCAAAGUGCAGAAGGACGCAAAUGGUGCUAAUGCAGGUUUUGGCUUCGUAAGCUACGACAAUCCACAAAGUGCGGCUGCUGCAGUACGUCUUAUGAAGGGAUACGCGACGAACUCGAAGUUUUUAAAGGUCGAGUUCAAGAAAGGCGAAGGCGCUUAGCCGUU